UCCAGCCGUUUCUGCCGCGCCUUCUGCCCUGCCUGCCUGCUGCUUCUUUCCCCUUCUCCAUUCUUUCUUCCUUCUCGGCCUCCGGAAUCGCCAUUCCUCCUUCCUUCUUUGAUCCGAUGGGCUUGCUGCUCUCCUGCAUGUCCUGCCAGUCGGCCCCUGCCUCCCCGACGCAGCAGCCCCCGGCGAUACGGCGCUCGUCCACGUCGUCUCGCCGCGGCGGCGGCGGCGGGGCUAAGGCCAUGGAGAUCGACGAGCAGGCGCUGGCGGCCGCCGCGGCGCUCGUGCUAGGGCAGAGGCAUUCGACCGGCGGCGUAGGGGGCGCGUUCGACCGGUCGGCGUCCGUGCGGUACGCGGCGAAGAGACAACAGCAGGGCCCCGCGCCGCUGCCGAGGAGCUCCAGCACGCGCCCGCGCUCGCUCGGUGACCCCGAGCUCCAGCCGCAGCAGCUCCUCGCCAAGGAUUUGAAUACUAAAAAUUUGGAAACCAAAAUCAUAGUUCUUGUUCAUGGAGGUGGAUUUGGUGCUUGGUGUUGGUACAAGACUAUAUCACUUCUUGAAGAUAGUGGGUUCAAAGUCAAUGCUAUCGACUUGACAGGUUCCGGGAUUCAUUCUUCUGAUACAAACAAGAUUAGCAGUCUUCCAGAGUAUGCUGAGCCACUUACAUCUUACCUUAAGGGCCUAGGUGAUGCCGAAACGGUGAUUUUGGUUGGACAUGAUUUUGGUGGUGCUUGUAUAUCCCAUGCAAUGGAGAUGUUUCCAUCGAAAGUUGCCAAGGCAGUUUUCCUUUGUGCAACAAUGCUGACCAAUGGACAUAGUGCUCUUGAUAUGUUCCAACAGCAGGUAGAUACAAAUGGUAUGCUCCCAAGGGCGCAGGAAUUUGUAUACUCCAAUGGCAAGGACAGGCCUCCAACCGCGAUCAACAUCGACAAGGCUUCCAUAAGAGAUUUGUUAUUCAACCAAAGUCCUUCCAAGGAUGUAUCCUUGGCUUCGGUGUCCAUGAGACCUAUCCCCUUUGCACCGGUAAUGGAGAAACUCGUCUUAACAGAAGAAAACUACGGGUCGGUGCGGCGAUUCUUUGUAGAGACCACGGAGGACAACGCGAUACCUCUAUCCCUUCAGCAGAGCAUGUGUGCGAACAGCCCGCCAGAGAAGGUUCUGCGGCUGAAAGGGUCAGACCACGCCCCUUUCUUCUCGAGGCCGCAAGCGCUGCACAAAACCCUUGUCGAGAUAGCAACCCUGCCACCAGCAGCAAAGGCAUCAUGAGAGCUGUUCUUCGUCAAGAAUGUCUCCGGCCAGAGAGGUUGUCAUGAUUGCUCCCAUGGCUGCCGCUGUAUAUUUUGAGGAUGAGAGCAUGGCUGGGACGAUGAGGCAAGAUGCACCGUUAUACAGGAUGCUGGAUGCUGUCACGGUGUAUGCAGCAGAGCAGGGGCUCUGAACUUCACCCACACUCGCCUCGAUGAUCACAGCUUUCCAGUAUCCACUGACAUGUUAUUCGAUUGACACACGUGUAAUUCUACUACAUCAAGAAUGAGGAAAAAUGAAAGGAAGUUUUGUGAAUUGAUUUCGUUUUUCUUCUGUGGAUGCGUAUUACUGGAAUGUUUUUUUUUCUAAGGAAAUAAUUACUAGUCAGCUCGUGGUUGAAUUUGAAUUUCAGGUUCAAAAAUCAUGUUUUGUCUGCCACAUGGAUUUUGUAGAGUGGGAGACAAUUCCAGAGAAAUAAUGUCUUUUAGAGA